CAAAAAUGUUCUGAAAAGAUUGUACCAUGAUUACUAUUUCCACCGACAAGAAACUCUAUGGAGGCAAAAUGCUAUGAAAACAUUGCCUGUCCUCCUGAACUCAUCAGACAUGCUAGCCUGUGGAGAAGAUUUGGGCCUGAUUCCUGCCUGUGUUCACCCUGUUAUGCAAGAUUUGGGAUUGAUUGGUUUGCGUAUUCAACGUAUGCCUAGUGAACCUGGUGUGGAGUUUGGCAAUCCUUCUCACUACAGCUACAUGACUGUGUGUGCUCCAUCAUGCCAUGACUGCUCCACUAUGCGUGCUUGGUGGGAAGAAGACGAAGAAAGAAGGUUUAGAUUCUUCAAGAAUGUGGUGGGCUCUGAUGCAUUGCCACCUAGUCGAUGUACGCCAGAGAUUGCAGAUUUCAUCAUAAGGCAACAUGUUGAAGCUCCAUCAAUGUGGGCAAUUUUCCCUCUUCAGGAUUUGCUAGCAUUGAAAGAAGAGUACAUGACACGCCCUGCGACAGAGGAGACGAUAAAUGAUCCCACAAAUCCAAAGCACUAUUGGAGAUAUCGUGUACAUGUGACACUGGAGUCUCUGAUGAAGGACAAAGCACUCAACAUGAGCAUCAAAGCUCUUGUUCGUGGGAGCGGACGAGCAUAUCCUUCACUUGGAGAACACUGUCAUAUUGAAGCUUGUAAAGGCCAACUUAUUAGUCAAUAAACCAUUUACUUCAUAUGUGGUAGCUUGCUUAGGAAUUUCUUAUUAGUAAGCGAAUUUAUGGGCAUAAUUAUCUUUUACUAAAAUCUUAUUUUUAGUUUCAAUAAGCCCUAACCAAUUAAUAUUUUUUUUUUUUUGGUAAUUUGAGAAUCUUCAUUGUAUUUUAUUCUGAAAUUUAAUUUUCAUUGUAAUUUGCGGGUUAAAAUUAGAAAAAAGAAAAUUAAUGUUAAAUUA